UCAAGUUGAAUUCAGCAUUGGAGGCCGCAAGGUGCAGACCGAGCGCCAGGAGGAAAAUAUGUCGAUUCUACGCGAGUGUCUGGUGAAUUUGUCAUACUCUAAGUCGCACGCCGAGUCGAAAAUUGUGAUGUAAACCCGCGACGAAUAUGAGUGUCUCUCAGGAGAUUGCUGCCACUGUCGUGUGCAGGGAAGUCUUCGAUGAAUCUUCCCAUCCGUCUCAUGAAGAGGUUGUCGACUAUGCGACACGGCUGGGAAUCGACCCGGAGGCUGAGCCGCACCUCUUGGGCCUUGCCAAGGACGGCCUCAUGGCUGCUCUGCCCAAGGGAUGGUCCCCUUGCUUCCACGAGGCGACUGGAGCCUGGUACUACUACCAGGCUUCUACGGGCACCACCACCUGGGAACAUCCUCUUGACUCUGUCUACAAAGAGCUGGUAGAGAACGCGAGGAAAGGAAACCGGCAACCGAGCAUUGAUGAAGAUUCGAAAGCAACAACAAAGGACCUCGAGUCCCAGGAGGAUGUGACAUCUCCUAAGGAGAUUGCGAAAACUUUGUCUCGUCCAAAGCUUCCGGCGAAGCUUGUACCACUGAGAAAGUCGAAAACCGAGAUAGUGGCCGCUCGAAGAAAUGAGUUCAAGGUCGAAAAAACCCAGCCGCGGAAGGAAAACGACAUCGUGAAACUCGACAACUCGUUCAGCUCGUCGAGCGACAGAGCCAGCAGGGAUUACACGAACCUGCGGUUCCAGGAUCCGAAUUUUUACGAGAGCCCGAAGCUGCUCGAGGUGCUAAAAGCUUCGGAAGAGUCGGAGGAGUCGAAGGUUCGAGGCAAGGAAUUGGACUUGCAGGAAGUCCUCAAGAGGUCCGAAUCACUGAGUCCGCGAUACGAGCAGGAGUGGGAACAAUUGUCGAGCAAGUUUGGCUCGGAGGAAAACAUCAUUGACAUUGAUAAGCUGAGUAUAAACUCGCUGAACAAGUCGGAUGCGGUCGUCGAGAAAUCCGAGGAGGAAAAACAACAGGCGAGGCAAUCGAGCCGUAUCAAAGAGUUGACUCUUAGCGGCGGUGGUUCCAUGUUCUUGAAGAGUAACAGGAGCAGAGAUGCGAACGCCUGCGGCAGCCUCGACGAAGAUGUGCAGAACGAUUUUUACGGCGUUCUACGAUUUGAGGAUAAAAAUACAUCGUCCGUUGGCGACAGGCCGAAAUCAAUCCUUCGCGAGAAGAAUUCUGAAGAUGACGACAAGCCCGUAGAAGAAGAGCGUAAGAGCGUCCGAUUCGACUUGGAGAAAGAAGUAGACGUGAAAUUCACGUAUUCGGGAUCAGAGGAGGAGUGGGACACGGAAUCGGACGAGCCCAAUAUGCGAAUAUCGGCGACUGUGACGAUGAAGAAUCUCAUGAGCUUCGAGGGUGAGGAUUUGGAAUUAGAAAAAUCGGCGCCAACCGAUGUUGGCUCGUGUAUGCAAGGCGAGUCAGUCGGCGAUAAGCUCCCGGAUUUGGAAGAACCGAAGAAGGAUAAUUUGGGUGAAAAGUCUAAGAUGAUAUCAAAGCAGCCGAAGAUCGUGGGAAAGAGAUUUCUGGUCGAGAAUGUAACAGAAAACGAGCACUUCAACCAAACGUCGAAAGACAAGUCGUGCAGCGAUGCGACCGACGGCGGUGGCGACUACGUGCCAAGCAAGUUCGAGAACGUGAGGAAUAUCGACCUGCUCUCGAAGAGCGAAAAUGAGAGCACGACGACCCUGAAGAGCACCGAGUCACGGCCCAGCGUCCUCGACGAGAUACGCAGGAGCAAGGAGAUGAUGCUUGAGUCGAUGAAAAGGAGCGAUAUGCGGGCGAAGAACGAGCUCCAGAAGGAGAAGGACGACGCCUAUCACCUGAUGAAGAUCAAGCUCGACCUUGAGUCGGCGAGGAACCAGCGAGAGAAGGCGAGGGCCAGGAGCCAGAUGACGAAGAAUUUUCAAGCGGUGAAAUCGGCGGUAAGGAGAGAGCGUGAGAAGGAGAUACAGGACCUGAAAGACGACUUCCAAAUCAGGUACGAGGACACGAAGACUGAGUACGAGGCGAUGUUCCUCGAGGAGAAAGGCUACCUCGAGGAGAACAUUAAGGAGAGACUCGCCGAGCUCAGGGAGGAUAUGAAGCAGCGGGAACAGCUGGAGGUCCAGAACCUCGUCGCCGAGAUGGACAAGACUCGAGUUGAGGAGCUGAACAACCUUCGUAGCGAGCUUGAGACCUGCUACGAAAAGGAGAAGCAGGAGAUUCUGAAGAACUUGAGGGUUGAACUGGAGGAGAAGAAGCUGGAAUUGCUCGAACACAGAAAUCGAGAGAUCGAGAAGCUGAAGAGUGAUUUCGAGAAGUCUUUGGAGGAGGAAAAGGCGUUGAAGCUCGUUGAACUCGAUCUUGGAAAGCAGCACGCCGAGAAGGUCAAGGCCUUGAAGACCAAGCUGGAAAAGGAAUUCGAAGACACUGUGAUGGAGCUUCGUUUGCAGCAGAGGGAGAAGAUAUCCAAAGUAACCGAAGAUCACGAGGUCAGCCUCGCCGAAAUCUUACGGGAUUUCAGAACGGAAGAAGAUCUUGCGCGGAAGGAGUACAAGCAACGUUUGGAAGAAGUACGAGCUUCGUUUUCUCGAGACAUCGAGAAAGAGAUGAAGAAGCAAAGCGAACGUUUAGUUCGUCCUGACUCGAUGGAUUAUGAGAAAAUUCGUUGCGAGAAACGGCUGGUUGAGGACAAGUAUAAAACGCUCAAAGAAAAGUACCUGAAAUUAAAAAACGACGUACGACUAGCCGUGGAGUCAAGAAGCAGGAGGAAAGAGGCGAAUGCCACUGCGUCGGAAACCGAAAGAUCGACUUCCGCGAGGACUAAAACGGAACGCACCGAGUCUGUUGAUCAAAAAGCGCCGUUAAAAAAGACGCAAUCCAUAACAACGCUCUCGGAAAAUGUAAGUCACAAUGAUAAUGGCGCCGAGGAAAGUGACGGCCAGAAAAUAGCGGGAUUUUCAAAAACACCCAGUGCCCUGAAGCUCGCUCAGAGCAAAUUAGAAUCGGACGACACGACAACGGCGAGCGAACAAAAUUCAAAUCUAUUAAAGAAGAAAAAGUUAUUUACAAAGAAGGCGGCUAGUACAUCGAAGUUGAACAACAACGUCGAGAAUCCCGUCGAAAACAUCAGGAAACAGCUCGAGAAGUUGGAAGACCUGGGGGACCAAUUGCCAAGCAACGAGAAUGCUUACACUUUGAGAUAUCCGUUCCAAGACCAAGCCGCAAGUGUUAUUUCAGCGCCGGCGAACGCUUCAUCGGACAUAGAAUUCUUCAGGCAUCGAAUCCACGUCGAGAGAGAUUCCGUGAGGCGAGCCAGAGAGGCACUUCACCAGCAGAGAAAUCUAUUCCAGGGAAGACAGAGGGCUUGGAAGCAACGAAGCGUUAGGGCGACACUGGAGCAGCUGGUACAGUUGGGAGUCUCACCUGGCCUGCCUCUUCAACAGGAGGAACGCGAGUUAUCGGACAUGGAGGUUAGCUUGCACCGAACGCGGAGUCUCCUGGGGGAAAAGGUGAUUCACUUGCGCCAUCUAGAGCGAUCCCUUGAGAGAGUCGCCAACGCGAAGAGGAACAAAAACGAGCAAACGGCAAAGAGCGACGAGUUAACGCUGAGUGACAUCUCGAGUGCGAGUAGCGGAUUCAGUUCGACCGAUUUGGAAACCGACACUUUUAUCGGAAAGUCGGAGCACUAUCAAGAAUCGACGGAGAUCAUAGCCAGCCUCGAGAAUCUCAAUUCUGAGAUUCGUGAGAUAUGGGGUGUGCUCAACAAAAGACAGGACAACAGUGUGCCACCUCCACCAACACUGAUGUACUCGGAUCUGAGGUGGCUACCUUAUCAGCAGCUCACCACUCAGGCCAACAAUGUCCCGGCUUUUGGAACGCCGAACAUCCAAUCGAACAUUUUGUCCCAGUUGACCGGUUCUCAUCCACCAACGACUACAACCCAGAAUAUAAUCGCUCAGUAUGGGCCUACCAGCGGAUAUACGACCAGCGUUGGAAACGUCGAGAGGACGACGUCUAAUCUCAUGGAAAGAACCAGAAACCUAAGAGACUGGUUGCGGCAAGCGCGCGUCGAAAGUUCAGAUCUAGUCAGCCCGGGUCAAGCAACCCUCUAGUUCUUAUAAAUUCUCGAAGGAAAGGGUAUCAACUCAUUUUCUACCCAUUGCUCACCCGUUUGGUUCCAGUUCGUCAAAAUUAGUGAAAUUAAUCUGGCAGCGUAUGUUGACGAUAUUGAUCCACUUCUUCUUCUUUUCUAUUAGAUAUUACUAUUUAUAAUUCCUAAUUGACGGACAAAAAUAAUGAAAAUUGUCCGUAAAACGAUAUUAGUUUUGUAAAUCGGAGCGCAACAAAAUGUGAUGAUUUAAGCACAGCUGUAUUUAAAAAUUACUGAAAAUCUUGAACUUCGGCAGAACAGCACAAUGGAAAUUCAAGAAGCCCAGAAGGCCGAAGAAUAAAAUUCGAAGCAACUGAAGCAUUUGUUACUGUGAUGCGAAAUAAUGUGAGAAAAAAAAUGGUGUUAACUGAAAUGUCGCUGUUUGAAAACUGGAACCAAUCGAAGGUUAGAAAAGGUUCGGAUUGGGGGAUUCGUACAGAG